AUGUUUAUGAAAGCUUGCCUCAGAAAAACUAGGCUUAAUAGGAUGCCCUUUAGAUUUAGCAGAUUAUUCUGUACAACUCCAAGAAAUCCUCAAGAAGGAAGAAAGAUGACUGAGGGUUAUCAUAAAACAUAUAAACAUGACCCUCGAGUGAGUAUGAUCUUGAAGUCUUCGUCAAGCAAUCUAAAUAUGAUUGAGAAGCACAGAUACAACACUCUUAUUAAGUUCUGAGCAGAAUCAUUGUACAGAAAUUAUGGAAAGGAGACUAAGCAGGCUAAAGAGCAAGUUAAUGACUUUAUGGAAUUUAUUUCAAAGAAUUUAUCUCUUUCAGCAGAAGCUCCUGCCACUCAUUUAGACUCUCGAGGAUUUAUUGUACUUCUAAAGCAUAUCAACGAGUUAAGAAAAGAUGUAUUGAGCAAUAAGAAUCAUGAGCUUUCUGCCAAUUCUUUCUUGGUCUUUCUUGACAAGAUGUCUCAUUUGACUAGAUCUGAUCAAUUGAAUGAGUUUUUAAUGAAGAAAAUUUCCUCUGUUAAUCUAGACCUUCUUCACACUGACAAGAUGCUUGAUGCUUACCACAAACACUCUGUUGAUUAUCGAUUUGAAGAAAAUCUUAGAGUCGAAGAAAUAAAGAAGUUUGCUGCUGGAGUUGUUCCAGAGGCAAGGUUCAUUUUUGACAAUUACAAAGUCACAAAUUUACACGAAACACGCUCUUUGGAAGACCAAAAGGACAUUUAUGAUAAUGAGAACGAAAUGACGAAAAUAUUAGAAAGAAAUGAGAGCCAAAGAGAAAGAGAUGAAGAUGAGGAAGACGACUCUGGAUUUGAAGACAAUAAGCCUAGAGUUUCUUCUCAAGCAGAUAGCAUCCAACAAUAUUCAGAGCCUGAUAAUUACUUCUCUUUCUUUAGUUCUCAUGAAAAACUAAUCCAUAGACCAAGAGAUGUAGUGAAGUAUCUUCCUGUUGAUUAUUAUGUUCUUCUUCAAGAAAAUUAUGAGGCUAAGGGAGGAUUUGAGGAGAGCAAUUAUGUAAUGUUUAGAAACUUGCCUCUAAUUGCUCAAAACUUAACUAAAUUUAAGAACUACAAGCACAGACAACUCACUUAUGAAGAUUUGUCAAGGUGUAUUGACUAUCAAGAAAUUUAUGAUAUGAUUGAUGAAGAGAUAGCUCUAGAUGAGUUCAGCAACCAGCUUGAGAAAUAUGGAGGAAUCACAGAUGUUGAACUAUUCACAAGGAAAGAACAACUUGCCAGAACUGUCUCAAGAGCAACUCCAAGACCCACCCAGGAUGAAAUGGAUGGUUUUGAAGAAAUGAUGGAAAGAGUUGCGAAGAACGAAGAACUCAAGGAAACUGACGAUGGUUUUGAGAAAAUACUCAAAGCUCAUAGAUUUGAACUUUUGAGGUCUUUAAAUUACAGAGUCACUAAAUCGAAUGUAGACAUUGCUAAAGGUUAUGUUGAUCUCACAGAACAAGAGAAGGAAGAUAUUUCCAAUAGUAUUUUUAGGAAAGGAAAACAAAUGAAAAAUUUAAACAGAGGAAUAUUUUUCAAUGGGAUAGUUGAGUUCAAAGAUUAUGAAUCGAAACUGAACUUUCUUUUGAGUCCUGCAUACAGGUUUGGAAUGAAAUUCUUUGAUCAACAAGGAAACAUUUUAUUCAACGAUGCUGAUUUUGCUAAUACUCUCACAAUUUCAUCAAGAGAAUUUAGUAAAAACUCUUUAGGAUUCUGCUGAGAAUACGUAAACGAUAUUUUACUCAAUUAUGGAUUUGAUAGUGAAGAUUUAUGCACAGUUGGAAAACUCCAAGCAUUGCCUGAAGUUAACCUAGAGAAAGCUUUGGUUCAACCAAGAACUAAUAUUUCUCUGAGAUUCCAUAAUUUCUGGGAGGCUAAAGAAGCUUAUUAUUACCUUUCUCAAUCAGGAAUAAUGGUUAGAUUUGCUGAUCCAGCCACAAUGUAUUAUGAUGCCAAGUUUGCAACAGUUUUUGAAAAUGCCAUCAAAAACAAAUUUGUGGGUUUGGAAAACAUUAUAGAAGUCCAGUCCAACUAUGCUAAGGUGAGAUUAAAUGAAAUAAAGAACCAAAAGUUAGGUGGAUAAAAUUACUAUUAUAAAUAUCUUCAAUAUCACAAA